AUGAAGUGCAGCGAAGGCGUGAAGGCGUCUUCCUUCAAGGCAGGCGAUAAAGUCUACAUCAACCCGAUGAAGCUGCUUCCUCUCUCCCGAUUUACAGAAACCCCGAAGCCGGCUGGUGGUUCCAGUGGAUCGCGCGGAGGCGGUCGCGGCGGCGCCCGUGGCGGUCGCGGCGGUUCCUUCGGUGGCCGUGGCGGCCGUGGUGGCUCGUUCGGAGGCCGUGGAGGCGGUCGCGGUGGUUCGUUCGGCGGUGGCAAUCGCGGUGGCCGUGGCGGUUCGUUCGGAGGCCGUCGAUUCUAG